GGAACCGCAUUCAUCUGCAGAACACAUCUCUUCAAACAGGCCGCUGAAUUUCUUUAUAACAUCGGAGGCAGAAAUAUUCGUAACGAUACCCACACUUGAGGAUUUUACUCCGGCAACCGUUUUCGUGCGCAGUUUUCCCCCCGAUAACCUGCCCAGACCCCAACGAAGCCGCACAACGCACGCCGCCGAGAAGGACAGUGACUGUCUAAUUUCACGGAUAGCAGGGCCCUACUCGCAUCGAUCCCCUUCUCUUCCCUUUUUACUCCUGCCUUCCAUGCUGCGACAUAUUUCAACCAUAACGGUAUCGCGGUAAUCCCGUUGCAACCCACGGAGAUAUGACCAGCGGUAGGCCACCCGGAGGCCAUCCAUCCGCUGCCGGCAACAAUGAUCUUCUCCAGCUCGAUGACACUCCGGUAUACGGUUCCGGACAGCGCGCUCCCGUGAAUGAUGACCAUCUCCUUGAACGUUAUGACAUCGACGAUUCUGAUCUUCCGUCUCCACGCGCGUCAGUCUCUUACGAUGAAUUUGUUGGCGGCAGGCAUCCGUCCACAAGGGCCGGUGCGUCGUCCAAUGUCCCCCAUCAAGAUGGCCUACAGCCACCAUCGGCGAGUAGCCAAUUCUAUGGCGGGGGCCCAGCUACUCGUACCUACUCCCAGACAUCGGACCUGCACAACUAUCAACGAUAUUCCGAUAUAGACGACUUUGACGAUGAGAGAGGGUAUUACCCCGAGGCCGACCUGGAUGGAGACCACCUCCCGAUCCGAGAUGCACGGGCAAGAGAUCGCAAUAGUAUCCUUACCUUGGGAGGAGGGCUUGUGGGGAGAGCGAAAACUAUGCUUGGGAUGGCGCCUAAAUAUUCUGAAAUGGACCUGCCUUUGACUGAAGCCGGGGCGCGAGCAAGGGCAGAUACGGUCGGAACAGAAGGUGAACCAAGACCAAAAUCAAAGAGACGCAGCGCUGGCGAUUUCAAAUUCGGUUUCGGACGAAGAAAGCCAGAUCCUGCGACGCUCGGACCCCGUGUCAUCUACCUCAACAACUCCCCUGCAAACCAAGCCAACAAGUACGUAGACAAUCACAUCUCGACCGCCAAAUACAAUGUCUUUACAUUUCUUCCGAAAUUCCUCUUCGAACAAUUUUCGAAAUACGCCAACCUUUUCUUCUUGUUCACCGCUGCCCUCCAGCAGAUACCCAACAUUUCGCCGACCAAUCGCUACACCACAAUUGGCCCUCUCAUAAUUGUCCUUCUUGUUUCAGCUAUUAAAGAACUGAUAGAAGACUUUAAACGCAAAAAUUCUGAUAAAUCUCUUAAUUAUUCGAAAACAAGAGUCCUUCGUGGGGCCGGCUUUGAAGAAACCAGAUGGAUUGAUGUUUCCGUGGGCGACAUCCUCAGAGUUGAAUCGGAGGAGCCGUUCCCCGCAGAUCUUGUACUUCUCGCAAGUUCGGAACCGGAAGGCCUGUGUUACAUCGAGACGGCUAAUCUAGAUGGAGAAACAAACCUGAAAGUCAAGCAAGCAAUACCUGAAACCUCUGACCUUGUCAGCCCAGGUCAACUUAGUAGACUGGCUGGUCGAGUGAAAUCCGAACAACCCAAUAGCAGCUUAUAUACCUACGAGGCCACAUUAACCAUGCAUUCUGGUGGUGGAGAGAAAGAACUUCCACUUGCUCCCGAUCAGUUGCUUCUUCGUGGAGCAACGCUACGCAAUACUCCUUGGAUCCACGGCGUGGUAGUGUUCACGGGUCAUGAAACAAAGCUCAUGCGCAAUGCAACUGCAACCCCGAUCAAAAGAACCGCUGUAGAGCGUAUGGUAAAUUUGCAGAUUUUGAUGCUUGUUGCCAUCCUCAUCGCUCUCAGUCUAAUUAGUUCCAUUGGAGAUUUGAUUGUUCGAAUUACGGCUUCAAAAAACCUCUCUUACCUGGACUAUGGAAACGUCAAUGCUGCCGCCCAAUUCUUCUCGGAUAUCUUUACCUACUGGGUUCUCUACUCCAACUUGGUACCUAUCUCCCUCUUCGUCACGAUAGAAAUCGUGAAAUACUGUCACGCCUUCUUGAUCAACUCCGACCUCGAUAUCUACUACGACAAAACGGACACUCCUGCUACCUGCCGGACCUCUUCUCUCGUGGAAGAGUUGGGACAAAUUGAGUAUAUUUUCUCAGAUAAAACUGGCACUCUAACCUGCAAUAUGAUGGAGUUCAAACAGUGUUCUAUUAGUGGCAUUCAAUACGCAGAAGUGGUUCCCGAAGACCGGAGAGCAACCGAUGACGAUGAUUCUGAUACGGCUAUGUACGAUUUCAAGAGAUUGAGACAGAAUCUGGAAUCGCACCAAACUCGAGAUGCUAUCAAACAAUUUUUAACUCUACUUUCUACGUGCCACACAGUUAUUCCUGAACGCAAAGAUGAAAAACCAGGCGAAAUCAAGUACCAGGCCGCGUCUCCCGAUGAAGGAGCGUUGGUUGAAGGGGCAGUUCUGCUCGGUUAUCAAUUUACGAAUAGAAAACCUCGGUCCGUGAUAAUCUCCGCCAAUGGAGAGGAAGAAGAGUACGAAUUGCUCGCCGUUUGUGAGUUUAACUCAACAAGAAAGCGUAUGUCAACGAUUUUCAGAUGCCCCGACGGAAAAAUUAGAAUAUACUGCAAAGGUGCCGACACAGUGAUUCUCGAGCGGCUUCACUCAAACAACCCAAUUGUGGAUGUCACUCUUCAGCACUUGGAAGAAUACGCAUCGGAAGGGCUGCGAACAUUGUGUCUUGCCAUGAGAGAAAUUCCUGAGGAAGAGUUCCAACAGUGGUGGCAGAUCUUCGAUAAAGCUGCCACGACCGUCAGUGGGAACAGAGCGGAAGAACUUGACAAAGCAGCUGAACUCAUCGAGAAGGACUUUUAUCUUCUUGGUGCCACCGCCAUUGAGGAUCGGCUGCAGGACGGUGUUCCGGACACGAUCCACACACUUCAGCAGGCAGGGAUCAAGAUCUGGGUGUUGACUGGGGAUCGACAGGAAACAGCUAUUAACAUUGGCAUGAGCUGCAAGCUAAUUUCAGAAGAUAUGACUUUAUUGAUCAUUAAUGAAGAGAAUGCAGAAGGGACGCGCGAGAGUCUGUCAAAGAAACUGCAGGCAGUACAAAGUCAAACUGGCUCAGACAUAGAAACUCUUGCACUUGUUAUUGAUGGGAAGUCGUUGACAUUUGCUUUGGAAAGGGAUAUGGAGAAGCUUUUCUUGGACCUUGCUGUUCAGUGCAAGGCAGUUAUUUGUUGUCGAGUGUCACCUUUGCAGAAGGCACUGGUUGUUAAGCUUGUCAAGCGACACCUCAAAUCACUCCUCCUUGCAAUUGGGGAUGGCGCGAACGAUGUCUCUAUGAUCCAAGCCGCCCACGUCGGUGUUGGAAUAAGUGGUGUUGAAGGCCUUCAAGCAGCGCGAAGUGCUGACGUUUCAAUCGCUCAAUUUCGCUUCCUUCGGAAAUUACUAUUGGUUCACGGUGCAUGGAGUUAUCAACGGAUUAGCAAAGUGAUUCUCUACUCGUUCUAUAAAAAUAUUGCGCUAUACAUGACACAGUUUUGGUAUUCGUUCCAAAACUCUUUUUCUGGCCAAGUCAUAUACGAAUCAUGGACUCUUUCCUUUUAUAAUGUCUUUUUCACCGUCCUGCCACCUUUCGCGAUGGGCAUUUUCGACCAGUUCAUUUCCGCAAGGCUGCUUGACCGAUAUCCACAACUCUACCAUCUCGGACAGAAGGGCGUUUUCUUCAAGAUGCACAGUUUCUUUUCUUGGGUUGGAAAUGGUUUCUACCACUCUCUGAUCGCCUAUUUCCUUUCGCAAGCAAUCUUCCUUUACGACCUGCCAACCAAAGAUGGAACGGUUGCGGGGCAUUGGGUUUGGGGUACAGCUUUGUAUACCGCUGUUCUUGCCACUGUUCUCGGGAAAGCUGCCCUCGUUACCAACAUCUGGACCAAAUAUACGGUGCUCGCCAUCCCCGGAUCUUUCCUCAUCUGGAUGGGAUUCAUACCUGCAUACGCUUACGCUGCACCAAAUAUCGGCGCCGGAUUCUCCACCGAGUACCGAGGUAUAAUUCCUCAUCUGUUUCCCUUGCCUACGUUCUGGCUCAUGGCAAUCGUUCUGCCUGCGAUCUGCCUUCUUCGUGACUUCGCCUGGAAAUAUGCAAAACGGAUGUACUACCCGCAAAGCUAUCAUCAUGUACAAGAGAUCCAGAAGUACAACGUCCAAGACUACCGGCCACGCAUGGAACAAUUCCAGAAAGCGAUCCGCAAGGUCAGGCAGGUCCAGCGAAUGCGCAAGCAGCGUGGAUAUGCUUUCAGCCAGGCCGAUGAAGGCGGGCAGAUGAGAGUUGUUAAUGCGUAUGAUACGACGAGAGGUCGAGGACAAUAUGGUGAGAUGGCGAGUUCAAGACCAAUGAUUUAGGUUCAUGUGCUUUGUGUCUUGUUCCUGGCUUAAUACUUUGGGAAUAUAUAUGGUUUGUGUCACGGUUGUAGCAGGCGUUCUUGAUCUGAUGAUUAUUUUUCUAAACCUUUACUGCCUAAGCUUCUUGUGCUUUGUAUUUAUACCUUUUGAUUUAUUAUUGUCAUCGUUCUAUAUUGAUUAGGAUGGCAUUUCCUUCUCUUCUCUAGGCGAGCAUCUUGCCCAAGGAGUCCCUUAAGGCAUGGUUGUGCUCCAGUAAAUGCUCCUUUUGGUUGUUUAUAUGAUUUGGUGUACUUUUUCUAUCUUGACCGACUGUAAGAUAUAUGGACUUAUUUCUUUAUGGCCGAAUCCAUACUUUAA